AGAUCCGCAGGAAGAUGAGGGAGAUCAUGACUAACCAUGCUACAUCCUGUGACUUGAAAGAAUUGGUCCGCAAGUUUCUCCCUGAGGUGAUUGGAAAGGAUCUUGAGAAGGCAACAUCUAGCAUCUAUCUUCUGCAAUAUGUGUUCAUUCACAAAGUCAAGAUCUUGAAGGCUCCUAAGUUUGAUCUUGGAAAACUAAUGGAGGUUCAUGGUGACUAUUCGGAAGAUGUUGGUGUGAAGGUAGACAGACCUGUAGAUGAGAUGAUGGCUGAGGCUCCCACCGUAAUCGUCGGAGCUUAA